AAUUACUCCGUAGAUCGCAAUUGAGGGGAAGAAAGCCUGACACUCUAAAACCCCAACCAACCUCCCCUCCGCCUUUCAAUUCCGGUCCCCAGUCGUCCCAACCGGCCUCCAAUGGCGUCGGCGACCGCGGAGCUGGAGGCCGCCAUCGCCGCCCUCCCGGCGAAGAAGCAGCAUCUCAGGGAUUCCUUCGACCGCCUCGUUGCGUCCGCCCCAAUCCCCAUCCCGUUCAACUGGGAUGACCUCGACGCUCACAUCUCCUCCCUCCAGUCCUCCAUCGACGUCCGCUUCCGCCAGCUCCAGGGUCUCCAGCACUCCGCCCUAACCACCACCGGCCCCGCAGAGCACCAGGGCAAGGAGGACCAAGAGUCCCACGUCGAGCACCCCAUGAGGGACCAGGGUCAAGACAGCAAUGAAGAGGAGGGGGAGCGGACGAACAGGGCGCCUUCAGACCUUAAUGACGAGGAGGAGCAGGAGAGGGAGGAGGAGCCAAUCGAGGUGUAUCUCGACCAAGUAUACGAAGUUGAGGGAGAGGCAAUCAAGGCGUCUUCCGGCCCAGAACCAGAAGACGAUGAGGAGGAGGCAAUCGAUGCGUCCCCUGGCCUUGGACUGAAGGAGGAAAAUGAGAACGCCAAGGAAGCCAUGGAGGCGCCGUCAGCUUCCCGAAGCAACGGGGUGAUGAAGGAGAAGGAGUGGGGAUGCCCGAUUAUUCCGGAUUUUGCAAGUGUCGGCGGCGCUGCGGAGGCGGCCGUUAGGCGGGAUCUCGUGGCGGCGAGCGUCAACAUGGACACAUCGACGAUGGCGGAGAUUCUUUGCUGGCGCAACAAGAGAUGCUUACGCGCCAGGCGCCAUUUCCUCCCGGCGUUGCGGGGCUGCCCCGAGCCCCACGCCUUCGUCGUCGGUGCCAUCAGGGACUUCCUGGCCAGAGCCGAGCCCAAGGGCGACAAGCAAUGGGAGAACUGCUCUUGGCUGCUCUGCUGUGUUCGCAAACUUACUGCUGAGCCGUCUGUGGGCACGCUGGAGCACGCCUAUCGGCUGGCAGAGGACUGGAAGGAGAUGAUCGGGAAGCCUGAAAGUUGCAAGGACCUUGGCCGGCUGGCCAUAUUUGGCCUUUUUGGAUUUCUGGUCUCAUACAACAUUGCCUUGGAGUUCGAUGCUAGUGAGAUUAUCCAUCACGUUGGCAACAUCCCACGCCACAGAAAGCAAAACUGCAUUGAGCUCUGCAAUCGUCUUGGGCUAAUUCACAAGAUGACUGACUCAAUCAAUCAUCUGAUUGAAAAUGGGCAAGAGCCUGAUGCUCUCAGGCUUGCAUGCGUUUUGAAUUUGACUGACAAAUAUCCUCCACUUUACAUCAUGAAUGAAUAUGUUGAUAAGGCUAAGAAGACUGCUCAAGAGAUAAUAAACAAGGAAAACGGUUCACCGGAGUCUCUGAACCAGGCCAUGACAAAGCAGGUUAAUGCCCUAAUAUCGUCAUGGAGGGCAGUUGAUGAGUACAAUAUUGAUUCUGCCCACCGAACCAGCAUCAAGGCAGAAAUUACUCAGUUAUUACAUGAAUAUGCACGCAAAAGGCGAAGUAUACCGGUGGCUUGUUUGUCCGCUUUGAGUCCACAUCAGCAGCACAAUCUUCAGGAGCAGUGUGAGAAGCAUCUAAAAACUUUGGAAGAAGAGCAGCACCAGAAGUUCCAAGAGAAGCAGCACCAAAGGACACAGGACCUGCAGCCAAAACCAGAUGAGGAGCACCACUACCAGCAAAAGGAACAAGAGGUACCUAAACAAGAAGGGAGUCGGCAAAUGUUAGGAGAGAAGAGGUAUAACAAGAAGCGCAAGAGAAAUUAUCACAAGCAGCAGCAGCAGCGAAGAGCACAAGAGAUGAGGCAGCAUAGAUAUCAUAAGCAGCCCAGGCUAUCUCAUUUUCAUGCUGAUUCAUUUGGCCAUCCUCCAUACAAUGCCAGGAUAGGAAUUCACUAUCAUCGUAGCCAGCAGUUUUCAGGAAUUCAAGGAGCGCCUCCUCGAUAUCCGGGUCCGUAUAAUCACCCUCAGCUUUGCACUGCCCGAAGUCUGCGAUUCAGGCCAGAGUAGCAACACCUCAUGAUUUGACUGAUCGACUAAACUGACGAUUGAAAUGAAUAGAGAAACCCUGCAAUGCUUGAUCCAUGUCAUUUAGCUUUUGUUAUGGAACUACUACUCAUGUAUAGCCUAUGUGCCGUUAUUAGUUACCUUGACCUCAGCCUACAGUGCUGAAACCAAACUGUUAGUCAAGUUGCACCUAACUUUGACCAUUUAGUCUUAUCAUUAUUAUUUUCGACAUAUAACAUCGUUAAUAUUAUUGUGUGAAA